CGGGCUUCAUCAAGUCGUAUUGUUUAGGACGUCCGCAUGAAACCAAUUUUUUGUUAUUUUACCAUAAUCACUGAAAAGGAUAUGCUACUAAUGCAUGAUAUAUGAUAAAAAAGACACUGUUCGUACAAGAUAGCGAGACCUAUCUGUGUUGAUAAUGUUUAUCCCUUUCAAAAAUUGUAAAAUUCACGUGUAAAUAUGCAGAACUCGAAUUUUCUCUGAUUUCAACACGACAGAGCACCUUAACGAAUAUCCUGUGUUAUUGUCUCGUCUAGUGACAUUACAGUUUGUCAGAGGGAAUCAUGAAUGAGGAGGAGAAAUUCAAAGAGGACGUGACAUCUGAUGUCCCAACCUCAGGGGUACGCCGAGGGGGAAUUCAUCGCUGGAAGGCGGGCACAAGGCUCCCAGAGGGAGCAGUUGUUAUGAGACCAGAUCAAAUUAAAAAGAUCAUUCAGAGGGAGAUAUCAGCCUAUCCCAACUUACGAGAUGUUUUCCUGUUGCGUCAUGAGCCACACAUCGCUAAUGGCGCCUCUGCUUUCACGUCUUCCUAUCUCGCCAGCGGAAUUUUUCAGGCGAUCACCUCCAACAGGAAGAUUCCUCCGGGAUUUCUGUUUCUCAGUUUAUUUACUUCAUGUAUCCCUACUUUUAUACUACAGAACAUCGCAGUUAGGGACCAGAUUCUGACGGGGUCUGGCUCUAGACUGCUCACACAAACGGCAAGCAGUGUUGGAAUACAGACGUUCUUCGGAGUCAUCUAUCCCUGCCUCAUGGUCAGUUAUAAGGUGUUCACCUCCGAGUUUAACGCGUACGCCCAGAAAGGUAAUAUUAGCUGGUUCCCUAGGACUUUACUGGGAAACAAGAGGCUUGUGAUCUUAUUUUGUGGUAGUUUGGCCGGGCAGGCUUUGUUAGGGGCCUCGCUGCCAUAUUUCACCAGACAGCAGUAUGAUUCUUUUGUGAAUAAAGUGUUUGGCAGCAGCUGAUUACACAUCAGAAGUAGGAUUAAACACUUGUAGUAUUUCAGUUUUACUUUGGAAUGAAAAAUAAAUUCUGACCAUUAAAAUUUA